AGUUAAAAUUUCCGGACAAUGUCUAUACAUGAUUUGACGGCGAGGUCCCUAAAUAUGUGAGAGCAAGUUCUAGUUCAUAAUGAAGAUGAUUGAAAUUGUAUUCUUUAUUUUGGUUUCAAACACACUCACAAAUGCCGUCAGUGACAGAGUCGACGCACCAUUACUUGAUAACAACAAUGCGCCACUAGUUGCCACACUCGAUUUGUCGAAUGCCAAUAAGCGUAUCAAAGAAUAUGUUAGUGAAGCAAUGGAGACAAAGAUGGAAGAUCUGGUGAAGAUGAAAUUGGAAGAGGUUCUUACAGCAUUGCAUUUAGAGGAAGAUGUAAAGCGAUAUAUUGAUAACGAUAAAACGAAUCUGACAGUCAACAUAACUGAUGAUAUAAAACGGAUUUCUGAUGCACGGAUUUUAGAGAAAGAACCACGUCGAAGAGAUGACCGUGCAUUGUCUAUGUGUCUUGGAAUCACAGGGAGCAGUAGUGGUCAAAUCAGAUCUGUCAGACGGAAUUGUAGCAGCAAGACAACAUGUAAAACAAUCUGCAAGGGAGCCAGUUUGAAAUGUUUCAACGCUCUGCAUCUUUAUGCAUAUACAUAUUCUGUUGCACAUUUGUAUGGAAACGGUGGAUGUUCUGCUACAUAUUGUGGUCCAAACUACUGCUGCUGUCACAAGUAAUAUCCAGAUAUGUCAGUCGCAAUUUAAUGCAUCAAAAUACAUUCGAGAUAUUUCAACACAAACUGACGUUGUAUCGAUAUAUUGAUAUAAACGUUCAAAUGUUAAGAAAUGAAGAUAUGCAAGGAA